AUAAAAAUGUAAUCCUGCUUACACAAUCGAUGUGAGAUUCGAAGGAGUUCUAAACUGGAAGACUGGUGGACGGUGGAGGUAUUUCUCAUUACCAAACCAUGUGAAUUUUGUACUUUCUAUAUUCAAUGAAAGAGUACAAGAGGAUUUUGCAGCAGCAGCAGCCAGCAUGAAGUUUAUGGAUGUGCAGUUUUUUUGGUUAGGAACAAGAAAUCAUGCUUCUUUCUUUCUUGUGAAUACGAAUUGGCUCUUGCUUUCCAUUCUUGAUUUGAUGAAUGCAGGGGAUGCCCAAAGAAUCUGCAUACGAACCAGCAAAGUGUUAAUGCAGAUCAUCUCCUGCAGCGUCGUCCAGAAUGGCUAGUCCUCAAGUUAUAAUGUACCCAAAUCUACAGGUUCUUGAAGUGAACCUCCGGAGGAAUGAGAGGUUCAAGAUUGAUUCAUAACGAGAGAAAUUGUGCAUCAGAAAAGAUGUUCCAGUUUAUCAGAGAAUUGAACAUGAUUUAUGCUGAUGAAAAUCCAGGCACUGAGUCCCGUUUGAACUUGAACGAUUUGCCUGUUUACAAGUCUUUCGAAUUCAUUGAUAACUCUGGGGAGCCGAAAGGAUUAAUUCAGGAUCAGAAUCUUAGAAUAAAACCUAACAGAAAGAAACAGCAUGGAGUGCUCAGGAACCGCAAAGGAUCUGAUGGUUUCAGGUCUUCGGAUGAUUCAUCACGAUAUGCUAAGAGUUCCAUCGGUGAAUCAGAAGGAAGCAUGGGAAGGAAGAAGGUUUAUUUAAAAAAGGAUCUGCACGACUACGACAGUCCAGAGAUGGUUUGUUUCUUGGAUGACAGCAGUUAUGAUUUUAUCAAGGAUAUUUUGACGGAAACAGAACCACUUUCCCAGGAUAAAUAUUUGACAGAAAACUAUGAACUGGACCAUUGUAAUUUCUCUUCAACUGUGAACUCUGAUUCAGAAAGUAGUGACUCCACCCAAGAAACUCUGGAAAGAUUAUCAUGCAUUGCAAAUGAAUUGAAAUUCAUAGCAGAAGAUGACUGCAAAAAUGAGCGACAUAAUUCCAAAAGGUUUCUGACGGAUGAAGAUGGUUUGGAUAAAGGAGAUGAUGAUGUUAUGAUUGAUCAUCCUGCUAAAAAUAUUGUACAUGUCAUUCACCUAUCUGAAGAGGUAAAAGAUGAUGACUGCGAAAAUGAGCAACAUGGUUGCAGAAGGUUGACAAUGGGAGAUGAAGAAGGUUUCCAAGGAAGACGUGCGAUUUCAAUAGAUCAUUCUGUUGAAGACAUCGUACGCACAAUUCAGUUAAUCAAAGGGAAAUUACAGGUUCAAAUGGAGGAGGAAGGAGCACUGUCCAACCCAAAUUGCAAACAAGUUCUUGAAAAUGACAGCCUGUCCUCUUGCCCCGAAAGCCUAAGAAUUUCAAGUGACAAAGAAUCUUUAGCCAGCUCCAUUGAAGCCGAUCGUCCCUCAGAUCAGAUAGAAAACUCAGGGAGUAGCAUCAUAGAACAUUCAGGGGGUAGCAUCUCUCUUACUUCAAGUAACAGCACUGCCAGCACACGUUCUUUUGCCUUCCCCGUAUUGACAACAGAAUGGCCUGCCAGCCCUGUAAGAAUGAGAGGUGGUGAUGAGACGCUACGGCAGGCGAGUGCAGAUCACCGAAGACGAAUGCACAGGCCCCGACGUUGGAAAGCGCUUUUUUGCUGUAAAUCCAAGUUGCGUUAGAGUUUUUCCUCUUAUUUUGUGUGUUGGAUGCAAAGAAGUCAUGUUCUCUUUUCCAUUUUCCAUGUGUGAACUUUCUAUGCAUUUAUAGCGGAUGUGAGCCUUCCUUAGCGGCCUAGGGGUGAUUUCUUCUGGUGGAAAGUAAAAUGGUUUCAGCUUGCUUGGGUUGUAUAUAAUUGACGCAUUCUCACUCUGUUAACACACCAAAGCAUUUCUAUGCAUUGUAAGUGAAACUGUUAAUUAGAUCAACUUCCUUGAAUUUUUUAUGUUAA